UUGCCUUGUCGUGCUGUGCUGUGCUGUGCGGAGCUGAAAGGAAGGAAGGAAGUGUGGUAGUAUCACCAUCAGCUCGCAAUAAUACCUGCACGCCCAUUUUGUUGUGUAGCCCUUGUCAGCGAACCUCACAGCUGAAAACCCCACCCACCCCGGCCCCUUCCCCCUCUCCUCCCCAUCCCAUUCCCACCUCCAUCCAUCGAUCGAUCAGUCUUUCCUGCGUGCGUGCUUCGUCUCUAGCAGCCGCCUUUGCGCGUGUUGAUCUGUAGACGUACGGGGGUGAGGGAGGAGGAGAUCAAUUCAUGGCUGGCGCGGGCGGGGGGGCUGCUGCGGCUGCGGCUGCGGCGGUGCAGCCAGCCGCCGCUGCUGGCGCGGGGAGGAGCAGCUCUUCGUCGGCCGGAGGCGGUGGCACUGGCGGUGCCGUGGCGGACCCGCGGGCGGAGGCGCUGCGUUGCCCACGCUGCGACUCGGCCAACACCAAGUUCUGCUACUACAACAACUACUCGCUGUCGCAGCCGCGCCACUUCUGCAAGGCCUGCAAGCGCUACUGGACGCGCGGGGGCACGCUCCGCAACGUCCCCGUCGGCGGAGGCUGCCGCAAGAACAAGCGCUCCAGGAGCAGCAACGGAUCAGGGGGCCGGCCGGGCUCCUGCGCCGUCGUCGCCUCCACCAACGCCGCUGCCGGCGGCAUCACGUCGUCUACCUCCAUGUCGCUCCCGCCGCCGGGCUCCCUCUCCUCGGCGCUGGGCCUCCACGGACACGGGAGCAGCUCCCUGGCCUCGCUCCUGCUCGGGAGCGGCGCCUCAGGCGGCGACCACCUCGGCCUCUUCCACGCCAUGCAGUCGGUCGUCUCGGACGCCACCGCCUACGAGAUGCACCAGCAGCACCAGACCCAGGUGGAUCAGCUGCUGGGGCUCGGCUACGGCGCCGGCGACGCCAACGGCUCGCAGAUCCACAUAAAGCCCUGGCAGCAGCACCUUCAAGACGGAGCUGGCGGUCUCUUUGACGGCUUCUACGCGCCGCUGCUGUCCGGCUCCAUCGUCCCGGGACUGGAGGAGCUGCAUGUGAAAGCCGAGGCCACCGCCGGCGAGCACCACCACCACCACCACCAGAAGAAGGCGACCGAUGGGGAUCAGCAGAGCUGGGAUCAACAUCCGACGUCGUCGUCUAACGUCGAGGCUAACAUCAUGGCCUCGGACGCGCUCAUGGCCGCCGCCGCCGCGGCGUCCAUGAACCCGGCGGUCAGCAACGCUGCCACGGCGCCGACGUCCUCCCCUCUCAUGUACUGGGGCAACGGGAACAUCGGCGGCUCGCCUGCAGCGUGGCCAGAUAUGGCCAACUGCGGAUCCUCCAUUGCAACCUUCUUCUAGCCGACCGUCCAGUGAGUCUCGAACUCUCGACGUACGGACUCGUUGCCGCUGGUCGUUAACUUGUCGAUUUUUCUCCUCCAUUUUUCCGGUUAACUCUUUCCUUGACUAAAAUAACAUGUAAUUUGUGGGGGGGAAAGCUAAGAUGAGAGAGAAUACUCCGGGUAGCUAGAGAGGGAGACGAUCUCGGAGUCGGAGGUCAGAAAGCAGUGAUCCAAAAAGAAUCAUAGGGUUUGUUCUCUUUCGCCGAUGGAGAGAUGGAUCCACCAGUCCAGUCCAGUCCAUGUUCUUGUGCGGCGUCGCCUUCAAUCCAUAAUCAAGAAGACGAGGGCAUGCAUGCAUAGAUCAACGCGGAGAAGAGGGAAGCACGCAAGCAAGUGUAAGUCUAGACACUCCUGGCUAUACUGCUUGAUUUGCUGCUUCUCCCUCUCCUUGGGUGUUUUGUAUAUAAGGCAUAUGGUGUAGGUGUGGGGAGGAUAUAUGAGAGCUAGCUAGCAAUAGCAUGCAGCAGCAAUGGUGGUGCAAGUAAUGAGCCUCUCUCUCUCUAGCUUUCUCUCUCAUCUUGGCAUUUUAAUUAGUGUGUUUAAUUGGUUACUCCAAUUUGCCAACUCUCGUUAGAUGUAUAAGUUAAUACUAGUACUCCUCUCCUGGAAGCUUAAUUAGAGAACUGUUUUUGAGUUCUCAAGCAUUGGUCACCUUUUUAAAGGGUUUCUUCUUCCUUUCUCUCUUUCUCUCUCUUCUAGAGUGGAUUUCUUUCAUUUUUCUUGGGGUUAUCUUUUGUUCAAACUCUGUUGUACCAGUGAUGACAUUGUGAGUUAUGAGGAAUUAAACUGGUACUGUUGUCCUGAUGAUGGUUCAUACAAGUCCCCAUAUAUGUGUGUGUAAGUAAGAAUGAAUACUAUAUGCACGCAUUCUAUCAA